UGAUAAUUGAAUUGUGGGAAAAACAACCUCGUCUUGUUGGUUACGAAAAAGCGAAAGAUGUCAAACAUUUCGGAGGGAAAGAAGCGAUAUUCAAACAUCUGUAACAAUAUACUUUCAUAUACAACUAUGUGAAUAGAUACUUCUGGAUCUCCCGCAGUGAUAUUUAUCCUGCUAAGACAACUGCUUCCUGGAGGUAUUAUACAAGAAUGAAGAUGAAUUUUUGUAACUGGGUAGGCAUCAUUCACGCUAUCCUAACGGCAACGCAGCCCAAAGAUGAAUUAUUUAGGAAGGCCCAGCCAUGUUCGUUAAUCUCAGAUGAAUAAGUACGAAGUCCUUGGAAUUGUAGGCGAAGGUAUGCUGUCUUUGAAUCAGUGUAUUAUUGCAGGCAUGGUAAUGAAUAUGAAAUUGGGUUAGGCUAGGUGUAAUUUUAAUGUAAUCACGUUAACGUCUUUUUGAGCUUAGUUUAUUAUGUUUUGUGUGGAGAAACUAAUAGUGUAGCUUGGUGAUUCAAAUCUGAGCUUCUUUUUUGUCAUCCUUAGGAGCCUAUGGAGUCGUUUUAAGAUGCAGACAUAAGGUAACUAUAUGAAGCCUCUAUUAUCUGUUUUGUGUUGAAAAUCACAGCCAGCUUUUCAUGUUUUAUCGACCUGAUGAUGGACGAGUUCACGCAAAAAGGAUCAGUGUGCAUUUUAGUCAUUUAUCGGUGUUUUCGUUUUUCUCUUGCCUCGAUUAUUUCGAAGCUCGGUGACCAAUUCGAUGCUCAGGCCAAACUAGACUACAACACAUACUUGUCUGCACGAUAGCAAAGCUCAGAUUAUGUCAUCAAAUUGUUUACAUGAUUGAUGUCAAGGUUCAUUUGCUUCAAUAACAUGAUGAUAGGUGAGAGCUUUAAACUUCCGAACUGUCAACGUACGAUACUCCUUUAUUUUUAUACUUAGGGCCAUGGGAAGUGUUAACUCGUUUGUAAUAUUAUUCAUGACCCUUGAUCGAUCGAUCUAGUCAGUAAUAGAUCUGUUAAGUUUCCUUAGUUUUUGAGGUAACAAUUCCCAGACAUUACUUUGUAGCAAGUGGAAACUUGUAGUGGAGUCCAUAUGUAACAUUUUAGGCUUUAUACACAUGUAAAAUUCGUUAUUCUCAGUUGAUUCUCAUUUUCCUUUGUCCCCUGGUCCUAAAUAUACUUUAAUUAGUGCUAGCUAGGAGACAGGGGAAAACAUUUGUGAAGUGAUCAGUUUUGGGGUGACUAUGAAGAGAGAAAAUAUAUUACUUAUUUUUUUUCUGUAGUCCUGCCCUUGGUCAAGGGAAAGUUUAACAUCAUUUUCACUAUUUUUUGGUGUGUUUUUACUGGACGCGCCAUGAAAAACAGCAAACUAUCUGCAUUGUUGUGCUUAUUCUUGUUGAAGUGCUUACAUGACCUUUUUUAGAAUGAAAAUCAUGUUUCAAGUUUCAACUUCAUGUUUGUGUCCCCAGGAGAAGGUUUACUAGCAAAAGAAAUAAGAAGAGGGAUACUAACUUUUUGUGUGUGUAUUGUCAGCAAAGGGCAUAUUUUAGCAUUUUGGUCUGAAAUUGGGUAAAGAUAUAAACUUUUGAAGAGCAAGGAUUGUAGGGGAAGGAUUGCAAUUAUUGGUUUGGUAACAGGGUUGGGAAUUGGUUUGGUUAACAUCGGUAUCUGUACUAAGUUUCUGUUUAUUUGUUUUCUCAAGGAAACAAAUGAGAUAGUGGCCAUUAAGAAGUUUAAAGAUAGUGAAGGUAAACACAUAGUUAAACCAAUUUGCAUUUGGUUCAAAUUAUGUUUUUUAAUUGUAGUGGUGAAUUGAAUUGAAUAGGCCUUAUCACAGGUUUGGAAGCCAUCUUGAUGAGUAGGCAACUGCGUGAGAAAUUACAGUGUUUGUAUAAGUAUCUAAUGUCAAAUAAUAUCCGUAAAAUGGCUGUUCUGAAAAAAAUAUGAACUGUAAACUAAAGCUACACAGCAAAGGAUUUUACUUACAAAUUUUGUGGGCCAUAAUACUGUGCUUAGAUUUCUCCAGAUGCUUGCUUUAGAUUUUCCAUAUAGUUGUCUGCAAUUUUUCAUGGGAAAUUUUAGACGGCAGUAAGAAACAUUUUUACAGACAAAUGUAUAGAAAAUUUUAAAAAGUGGUUCUAGCCUUAGGAGUGAAUCUUUAGUUCACAAUUCAUAUUUUUUUCAGAACAGCCAUGUUACAGAAAUUAUUUGACAUUAGAUUCUCAUACAAACACUGUAAUUUCUCACAUGGUUGCCUACUUGUCAAGAUGGCUUCCAAAACGGUGAUAAGGCCCAUUGAAUUGAAGUUGAGCUCUGAAUAUGCUGUUGAUUCUGCCAAUUCACCUGGUAUUUAGUUUUAAAAAAACCGAGCCUGGCAGCUGGUGUAUCAGAGGAUAAAGCCAAAGACUGAUCUAUUCUCUAAAAGUUGAAAAUUGACAGAAAGGAGAAGCUUCUAGGGCAACUAAAUUUUGAGGAAAAUCUUUCAAAGGUAUGUUUCUCUAAUAC